AUACUGUCGACACAUCCAAGAUACCGGUAGGUGUAACUUUUUGGGUCCGUAGCGCUAGAAAGUUGCCCCCCUCCCCACCUACACGAUGGCCCUCUCCGAAACUCGAAAACCCGAAGAGCUUACGAGAGAGGAACUGAUCGUCAAAGUAAACCAACUCCAGGAGAUUGUAUCAAGGCUAGAAAGCACCAACAACACAACAACAGAACAGUUGGUAAUACAGAAGAAACAGCGGAAACAAAAACCACAGAGAAAGUUUGAUUUUACAAAGUACAACGCGAGACACGUGGCUCUGAAGAUCGCUUACCUAGGGUGGAGCUAUGACGGGUUUCAGAGUCAGGACACCACUGACAACACCAUCGAGGCACGGCUGUUCGAAGCUCUGACCAAGACAAGGCUGAUAGAGAAGAGACAGACGUCUAACUACCACCGGUGUGGGCGCACGGACAAGGGUGUGUCUGCCUUUGGUCAGGUGAUUUCAUUGGACUUACGGACCAACCUGACAGAGGGCGCAGGUGUCAUCCCCAGACCUGAGGGAACAGCCAACCACAGAGAGGGAGACAAUACGACAGAAAUCAAUUAUGUUUACAUCCUCAACAAG